GGAAGUUUCAGAGCUGUAGAACGCGUAAGCACAGGAUCGUUUGGUUGCUGUUUAUGUCUAACUUGGCUGGAAUUACUUUAGUUUUACGCAGGUUCUUGUUUUUUCAAAACCCUGUAAGGGAUAGGUUCCCUGUUGUUUAAUUAAAAGAAAACAUUUUAAUGACUUUCUUUUUCUAAGAUGACAUAAUUUUAGACCGCCUAGACGGCAAAGGGAUGCGUUAAUGCAUCACUGAGAUCCUUAGGUACUGGAGUGGGUGAUUAUACCGCCAUUUGUCGCGGGUUUUUUUUGUUUGUUUGUUUUUGUUAGUUCUUGUUAGUUCAUUUCUUUUCCUGCGUGGAAAUACCAUGGCUGUGGAAGAGUGAGUCUUUGAGGAUAUCCGGCUGCUAGCAGCUCCUCGACUUUAGAGCCAUGACCCAGGGAAGCCUAGCUGUCACAGAGAGCUCUGCGCCCGGUGGAUUCUGCGCGUGCUGUGGGGCUAAAAUCAUGCCGUACUUCUCGGACGACGCAGUCGUGUCCCAGAACCAGAUCGAUAGGCUUAUCAGUGAGAAUUUCCUCACAGUUAAAGGUGCUGCCCUCUUUUUACCCCGUGGAAAUGGCUCCUCCCCCUCUACAGUGCCCCGCAUCACACAUCGGUGGAACAAGCACACAGGUGACCUCCAGCAACACCUGCAGACCAUGUUCACCCUGCUGCGGCCAGAGGACAGCAUCCGCUUGGCUGUCCGUCUAGAGAGUGCCUAUCCUCAAUACACACGGUAUAUGGUUGUUGUGUCCACCAGUGGGAGGCAGGACACAGAGGAGAGUGUGGUUCUUGGCUUGGACUUCACUAGCCCAGACCGGCCAUGCACUGUGGGGCUGGUCUUGCCUCUGUGGAGUGACACUCUGAUUCACUUGGAUGGAGAUGGGGGCUUUAGUGUAUCCACUGCCAACAGAGUCCACAUUUUCAAACCUGUCUCUGUACAGGCCAUGUGGUCAGCCCUGCAGUCUUUGCACAAGGCUUGUGAGGUAGCGCGGGGUCAUAACUACUACCCAGGCAGUCUGUUUCUCACGUGGGUCAGCUACUACCAGAGCCGCAUCUCCUCCGAACAGCACUGCAUCAAUGAGUGGAACGCCAUGCAGGAUGUGCAGUCACAUCGGGCCGACUCACCUGUGCUCUUCACCGAUGUGCCAACGGAGAGAGAGCGCACAGAGCGACUGAUCAAGACUCGGUUGAGAGAGAUCAUGAUGCAGAAAGACCUGGAGAACGUCACCUCCAAAGAGGUAAGAGCCUGCCAAUCCGCACGGGAACUAGAAAUGCAGAUGGUAUGUAACCUGCGGGAGUUCAAAGAGUUCAUCGACAAUGAGAUGAUUGUCAUCCUGGGCCAGAUGGACAGCCCCACGGAGAUCUUUGACCAUGUCUUCCUGGGUUCAGAGUGGAAUGCGUCUAACCUGGAAGAGCUCCAGAACAGCGGUGUGCGCUACAUCCUCAAUGUGACGCGCGAGAUCGAUAAACUUUUUCCCUGGACUUUUCGAGUACCAAACAACAUCCGCGUGUAUGACGAAGAGGCCACCAACCUGCUAGAGAACUGGAAUGACACCUACAAGUUUAUUUCCAAAGCCAAGAAAGCAGGGGCCAAGUGCCUGGUGCACUGUAAGAUGGGCGUGAGCCGCUCAGCCUCCACCGUGAUCGCAUACGCCAUGAAGGAGUAUGGCUGGGACCUGGGGCGCGCCUUUGAGCACGUCAAAGAGCGCCGCACCGUCACCAAGCCCAACCCCUCCUUCAUGAAGCAGCUGGAGGAGUAUCAGGGUAUCCUGCUGGCCAGCAAGCAGAGGCACAACAAGCUGUGGCGAUCGCACUCGGACAGUGACCUGUCUGAGCGGCAGGAGCCUCUGUGCAAAACCACGCGCACCCUGGGCCGCUCAGACCCCCAUAACAACCACCUCAAAAACGGUGACUGUCCGUCUAUCCAGAACAUGCUCGCUGCUGUCACCCACCAGUCUCUCAACGACCCGCAGCCCAGCACAGAGGAUGUGCCAGACGUGCCACCUGCACACCGCUGCACCACCCCCAAUAGGCCCAGUGCAGAGGGAAGGCUUGCCUCUGAGCAAGUGUGCGAGGACCCCUCACUGCCGCCCCUGCCUCGGCCACGGGCAGCCACUGUGGUGCCUGAGCAGAACAUGGCGGAGAGCUGCAGUUUGAAAGCUGCCGUGACUGUGCCCAUCACCCGCCUUCACCCUCUGGCUUCACUCUACAUGCCACCUCCCUCUCCCUCCCCCUCUAACCACACACUGACCUCCCCACUGCCUCCGGAACAUGUAAGGGAGGGGCCCUCCUCGGACCCCUGCACUGAGUCGUGCCACGCUGUGCCUGAGCCAAUGCCGGACUCUGUUGAGCUGUCCCUGAUCAUGCCUGAUCAAACCUCCAGCUCCUCCAUGUCUCAGAGUUUGGCCCUGUGUCUGGACACUGUGAGUGCAAUCAGUGAAACAAGAGGUGGUUCAACAUCUCCAGGAACACCUAUUGCCACAAGUCCCUUAGGAGCCUCCCCAGCGCUUGGUCAUCCCUCUGAAAGUGACCUAGAAAGCUGCCAUAACAAGAAACAUACUCAGACGGCAGCUAGCUCAGCGAACCCCAGCUCUGCCGGCCUCAGCACAGACAGCAUAGACUUCUUCAGUGCCAGAGAAAGGUUCCUGGAGCUGACUCAGGACGGCCAGGGCCACUCGCCUGCAGAACACUCAAUACACUCCCCAAGCACCAGCCUGUGCCCAGAAGAGGCUGACAGGGUAGUGGCUGAGGAGUAUUCCUCUCAUUUGGAGAGCUCCUGUGAAAAUGUAGCUCCCACCACUGCAGUGCCCCACCCAUCUCAUCAUGACAAUGGUGUGUCCGUGCGUCACAUGGUGACUGAACUGGAGUGCAUUUCUGAUGCCACUCCCCCUUGUCCUCAACCGCCGGCCCAGAGCCCUCAGCACCGCCCCUCACUCCAGGAAUUGGAACAGGGGGAGGAGGAAGAGGAGAGGCCCUUGCUCCCUCCCUCCCCCUCACCUCCCUGUGAGUGGCUUCCUGGCUCAGUGCGUCGGGCCACUGAGCAGCUGGAGCUCAGACUGCGGCAGGAGCAGGAGGGCCUCUCUUCUCGCUCCCCACUCGCCUCGCCCUGUCUGGACAUCCCUGAGCUACUUCCAGCCUCCACUCCUCCGGGGGCCGCCAUGAACUCUCCAUGCACCGAUCCCAUCCAGAUCACGGAGGGGCGUGGGGAAGACGCCCGGCUGCUCGACGACGACGACUCUGGCAUAAUCCCCGACCCGUCCUUCUGUGUAUGCCCUGAGGGCAGCGCGUCAGCGCCCACAGCCAACCUCAGCCUGGAGCCCAGCUCUGCCUCCUCCUCCCUGCUGUGGCUGGAGGGCGUCACCGAGCUGGAGAGUGACACUGAUGACCUGGCGAGGCUGCCUGGGCAUGUCGCCCGCAGUAACGAGGACCUACAGAAGAUCCAGGAGACGCUGCGUGAGCUGCAGGCCUUCCUGUGUGAGGCAGGCAGGGUGGCAGCCCAUGUCAAUGGUGGCUGGGACAGGGCAGAGCCGGAGGCACCUGUCGAACUCCAAGCCCCAGCUAUGUGGCAGCGGGCCAUGGAGAUUGAGGCACGAAUCAGGCAGGCUGGCCUCACCCCGCCUUCCUUUAUGAAGCGCUCAGCCUCACUGGCCAAAUUGGACCAGCUAGAGCUGUCGAUGCAUGACCUAAACAACUGGGAUUUCCACCCUGCAUCCAGGGGCCUUGUGCAACCCUCCCACACCCCUUCACUCCCACACUGCACUGAUGAUGCCCACAAGAAGCAGCGUGUUCUACCUCAGAGCUCCUCUAGCUCUCCGCCUGCCAUGCAUCUGCCGGAAACAAACAGGACUGAAGGCUCCGCCCACACCUCAUUUUCAUGUCUACAGCAUAGGCAGGCAGGUGGGGCAGGGACGCCCGAACACAUCUCUGCUUUGCCCACCGUCUCAACCUGUACACGGCAGCUGCAUUCGAAGUCACACCCUGUGCGCCGGCCACGCAAAGCAGCAGACAAGAAAAAGACUGUCACUGUUCUGUAUAAUACAAUGUGACCCUUACUGAACUGUCAAGGGAGGGGUGUGCCACAGUGCCAGAUUUCGGCCUGUUAAUGUCUCGAUCUGUGAGGUCCAUACCCAAGUUGAAACUGUGAGUGUAUGCUACUGUAUUUGUGUGUGAUAGUAUGAGUGUAUGCAAGUAUGUGCCCUUUUCAAAGGCUUUCAAACAUCAAAGGAAAAGGGAACUGAUUCUCAAAACAUGCACUUUACUUACCUUUUUUUCAUUUUUAAUAUUAUUUUUUUGUUUUAUUUUAGUUUUUGUUUGUGAAUAAUUUUUGCACUGAUUUGAGAGGUUUCUGUAUGUCUGUAAGUAGCAGUGUGCUGGCCUGUGUUUUUCUGGAGAAUCAGAAAAACUUUGUUUUUGUUUUUUUUAUCCUGUUGCUAUUAAAUAAAUAAAAAUGCAUUCAUUUUA